CAUGUGUGUGUGUGUGUGUGUGUGUGUGUGUGUGUGUGUGUGUGUGUGUGUGUGUAAUAAUCGAGUAAUAUCCUGAAAACAAAGUAGCACACGGUCCCUUAAGAGGAAAAGAUUCAGGAUAAUGAGGGAACGAAAGGAACAAAGGCUGGAAGUUAAUGAGGACGAGAAGGGAAGGUGAGGGCGAAGGAGGAGGACGUAAGAGGUCCAGGGAUGAGGUCAGCGUAUAGUAGGAGUAUAAGGGACAUGAGGGCAGGAGCUUUAGUGACUACAGGAGGGGUGAGGGGCGAGGGGCGAGGGGUGAGGGCGAGCAGUGCGUGAGGUGGCGGAUCAAAGCACAGACAGUUGGCGGUGCAGCGUGGCGGGCGGCGGUCGUGUCCCCGUCGCUCAGUGCCUCGUCAGAUUACCGCAGCGCCCUCCUCCUCCGCCCCAGACGCCCCCAGCACCUGCCGCGGCCGUGCCAGCGCCACCCAUGAGCGUCGCGGGGCGCCCACCGGGAGCCUCACCGCCGCGUGCCGGCUGCCUCUCCUCCUCCCCCUCCGUCGUCUGAGGCGCUAGAUGCUCGCUCCCUGGAAUACCUCAUUGGAUUUUUGUGUGUGCGUGGGCGUGUGCGUGUGCCGGCGGAGACACGACGUGCCCAGUGUGCUCGGCGUGGCGGUGAGCGGCGGGCGUGGGAGUGAUGCCCGCGCGUGUGGGGGGCGGUGAGGACGGGCGUGCAUACCCCACUAGGAGGAUGUCACCCCAGCUCCGGCGGGAGGAGUGCUGCGGCCCCGGCCUCCACCUCCUGGCGCGCGUCUGACACCCGCAGCACCCACGGGGGCGCCGCCCCGCGGCCUGGACUCCCCCGCGUCACGCCCAGACCGGCCCGGUCACGUCCGGGGCAAGGCUGAGGAACUUUUAUUGUGACGUAAAGUUGUCGCGCGAAAGGGAAGGUUGUGUGAAGCGACGUGGCCUUGACGACGUACUCUCCGGCCGCCGAGCAGUGCCUUACAGCCUCGCAGUGCCUCGAUGGUGGCGACGGCGGCGGUGCCUCGCGGAGCCGGCGUCCCUGUGCCCCAGCCCGGCCGCGUCGCGUGUCCCCCGAGUGUGACUAAUGGUGCCGCGGUGGCGCCUCAGCCGUGCCGUGCUGCGAGGCCGUGUCGGCCGUGUGACCCGCGAGGCAGCCAGCAGCGGGGCCGAGCCAGGGACUGAGUCGAUAUUGCUCGGUGUCGCGGCGCCUGAGGUCUGCCGCCGCCUGAGGCCAACACGCCACGGCACGAGGCUCCGAUACUGAGGCCAGGCAGGCAUGGUGGCCUCGUGAAGAGAUAGACAGCUUACCUAACUAGCCUUCACCCCCCCCUCCCCCCCUCCACGGAGCCCCGUGGUCGUGGGGAAGAGUGGAGGUGUUUCUGGUGCUUUGUUUUUGUGUUGUGAGAGGAGCCACCGCGUAGUUGAGGUCUCGAGGGGAGGGUUCUAAGGCCUGCUGGGGGCCCCGCGCCCCCUCCCCCCCACCCGCCUUGCAGAUUUAGGGUCUCGCGUCCUGUUACCACACCUGCCAAGUUUUGACCCGCACCAAUCCGUCACGUCCCCCCUCCCCGCCCGCUGCCGAGGCAUCACCGGGCACGAUUGCCGCCAGUGAUAACAUAACGAGCGUGAGGGGGCGCCGCCGUAGUAACAUUUGCUGUUACUAUUGUCGUUGCUGCUGUGGCCGAGAGAGGACGCUCGCCCGCCUAGAAACCUCUUUCCCCGCCUCAUGCCGGGCGAGUAGAAUGCAUUUUGAUGUGGACGCCUGAGUGAGGACGUCUGAGCUGCCGCAGGAGGGACGUGCCGCUCGCCAGGCAUGAGUGGCGAUCAGCGGGGAGUGUGGCGCCUGUGGGCCUGGGGGCGGCGGGGGCGGCGGCGGUACUCCCUGAGGGACGUGCAGUCUGAGGAGGACGUGUGUCUCUACCGCGGAGACCCGACGCCCGCCGUCAAGAAGGCCUCCACCUCCGAGGACCACCUGUUGGCCGCCCACCACCCCCGCCCGUACGCCCACCAGAACUCCGACGGCUCCCUGCCCGCCCUGCAGCAGUCCUUCUUCUGGCGAGUCGAUGUGGACAACGACGAUGAAGGGGAGGUUGAGGACGAGGACGAGGACGAGGACGAGGAGGAAGAAGAAGAAGAGGAAGAUGAGGAGGAAGAGAAAAAGAAGGAAGUGGUGGCGGUAAUAGAGAGGGAAGAUGAUAAGGAAAAGAAAGCAAAGGGGGAUAAGGAAGAAAAAAAGGAUCAAGAAAAAGAGAAGAUGGUAGAGGUAGUAAAAAUUGAAGAGAUAGAAAAAUGGGAAGUGGAAGGCGAGGAAAAGUGGGAAGAAAAGAAAAUAGAUGAAGGUAAAUGGGACGAGGUAGAUGAUAAUAAGAUAGUUGAGGCAGAGGGGAGCAAAGCCGAGGGUAAGGCUGUCCGGGCUAGGGAAGAGCGCGAGAAGGGUGUGAGCGAGAACGAGAAGCCCGAGGAGGAGAAGGAGGGCAGGAAGCUGGGCGCCGUGCAGACCAUCGUGGAGCGGCUGCGGGCGUGCGGCGUGGACCACGCGCGCGCCGGUGGGGACGUCGAGUGGCCCAUGUCGCAGGACCGCUUCUGGACCUCGCAGGACCUGCGUCAGUUCUUAAUUAACAAGGCGCAGCAGGAGCUCGGCGGCCCGUACGGCGCCAGUAACGACAGCCUUGAGAUGAAACCUCUCGUUAGCAGUAAAUGUUCCGUUGUCAACAGUGCGCCCCCGGUGGCCACCCCGCCCAUACCCUCGUCCCCGGGCAGCCACCCCAGGUGGCGGCCCCUGGGGCGGCCCCUGGGGCGGGGCCGGGCGGCAGCAAUGAUGCGACACUGGCGGGGGCCCCGCUCCUCGGUGCAGCUGGAGCACAUGGUCCGGCGGGACAUGUCCCCACCGCCGCCUCGCCCGAGGCUGUGGUCGCUGCCCGCCAUCAUCAUCACCGCCACCAAUGACCCUUCUAAGUCUCCUUCGCCCCCCGGAAACAGCGCCAGCCUAAGCGACAGCAUGAACUACCUCACCGUGCCAAGCGGGAUCCCACGCCCGCGCCGCACCGACGACACUCAGAGCAUCCAGAGCGAGCCUUGCCAUGGCACCGGCAGGGACUCGGCUCCCUCCGACGAUAGCCUCAGCGGCGACUCCAAGAUGGGCUCCAUCAUGGAUCUGUGGACCGAGCAGUGGCAGGGCCGCGAGGACGCCAGCCGACACAUGUCCUCGCCGCCCCCCGACACCCGGCCCCAGGCCAACACGGAAUACCUACAGUAUGAGGAGUCCUUUAUGUAUGGCCGCUACUCCGCGAACUUAGCGGAGUAUGCGCGCCAAGAGGCCAAGAGAUUACGGGAGGACGACCACCACAAGGACGAGGUGCUCUUCUCCAAGGAACUACAGCCUUACCGGGGGCGGGUAGCGAGGACUUGCAUCUCCUUCAUCAGACCAAUAUGGGACCACACAUUCGCAAGACUCGGCGAGGACUGGGUCUUCCUCUUCAUUCUGGGAACACUCAUGGCCACUAUCUCCUUCCUCAUAGACAACAUCGUAGUCAUCUGUUUCGGAGGCCGAAUGUACCUCCAUGAAAACCUCGAGCAGUUCCAUUGGUCGUUGCAGCUCUUCUCAUGGGUGCUAAUCCCCACACUACUAGUAAUAUUCUCAGCGGCGUUCUGUCAGUGGAUGGCUCCCUCAGCAGCGGGCUCCGGCAUCCCCGAAAUGAAGACGAUCCUGCGAGGCGUGGUCCUGAAGGAGUACCUCACGUGGAAGACCCUCCUAGCGAAGAUGGUGAGCUUGGCGGCGGUUCUUGGCUCCGGGUUGCCGCUGGGUAAGGAAGGCCCCGUGAUGCACAUGGCUAGUAUAGUGGCCACCAUGCUCACCAAGACACUGCGAUACAUCAAGGGCACCGUGGAAAACGACGCCCGCUCCAUCGACCUGCUAGCCGCUGCGUGCACCAUGGGCGUGGCUGUGUCCUACGCCGCCCCCAUUGGAGGUGUUCUCUUCAGCAUCGAGGUCACAACGGUCUACUUUGCGGUUCGAAACUACUGGCGAGGGUUCUUUGCUGCGGUGGUCGGUGCCAUGUUCUACCGGCUCAUGUCCGUCUGGUUCAUGGGAGAGAAGACCAUCUACCCGCUGUAUAAAGUGGAUCUUAACUACGACUACCCCUAUGAUGUCAUUGAGCUGCUGCCCUUCCUCUGUAUCGGGAUCCUGUGUGGGUUCGCCGGCUCGCUCUUCGUCUACCUCCACCGGCGCUACGUUAUGUUCAUGAGGCACAACAAGACACUCAAGACGUUCCUGCAGAAGAAGCGUUUGCUGUACCCAACCUUCGUCACCAUUGCUAUCUCCGCCAUGACCUUCCCGCUGUGCCUGGGACAGUUCAUGGCAGCCACACAGCCCUCAAGCAAACAGAUUCUUCAGCUGUUCAGUAAGGUGACGUGGACGGUGACGGCCCCAGACGGCAUCAUGAGCAAGGACCAGCAGGAUAUCCUCACGCACUGGGUCCCCAAACCUGAAACCGGGAACUUCCACCUCAGCCUCUUCAUCUUCCAGCUUGUGUCGGUGUUCCAAAUAGCCAUCGCCUCCACACUACCAGUCCCGUCCGGUAUUCUGAUUCCACUCUUCAAGGUUGGGGCAGCGUUCGGCCGACAGGUUGGAGAGCUCAUGGUAUCCCUCUUUCCGCUGGGCAUCGUUCCAGGAUUCCCCAUUGUGCCUGGAGCCUAUGCCAUGGUGGGUGCUGCGUCCUUCUGUGCUGCCAUCACCCACACCAUCUCCAUCUCCGUCAUCGUCUUUGAGCUGACCGGACAAAUCACUUACGUUAUCCCCAUCAUGAUUGGCGUUCUCAUAUCAAACUGCAUCUCGUCAUUGCUGCAGCCAUCCAUCUACGACAGCAUGAUCCGCAUCAAGAAGCUCCCCUACCUGCCGGACAUCGUUGCCACCACCUCUACUGACGUGUACAACAUCUACGUGGAGGACAUCAUGGUGCGUGACGUCCGCUAUAUCUGGCACGGCAUCACCUUCAACGAGCUCAAGCGGAUACUGAAGGAAAACCGCAAGCUGAAGUACCUCCCGCUGGUGGACAAGCCCGAGUCCAUGAUCCUCCUCGGCUCCAUCCAGCGCAUUGAGUUGGUGCGGAUCCUUGUGGAGCAGAUAUCCUCCGAGAAGCGAAGGAAGGAGGCCACGCGGCGACACCUGGAGGCUCUCAGGAUGAAGUGGGAGGAGGAGGACGCCGCAGGAGGCACCAAGCAGAGCCGCAUUCGCUACGAGGACGAGGUCAACGACGAUGAAGAUGAUGACCCUUCACCUACACCCAGCCUGAUCCACCGAUUCUCUCGCUCCCUCAGUCGAUCCUUCUCACGCUCAAGAUCCCGGUCGCGCUCAGCCUCCAGAAGUCGCCACGGCACCCCAUCCAGUGACAGCGAAGACUCAUCCACCUCCCCCCCCGGCUCCCCCACCUCCACACGCUCAAAGCAGGACUCGGACACGGCAUCUCCGCCAGGGUCGCCAACGCACCCCCAUCUCAAGGAUGUCUUCCCCUCCAAGUCUCCGCUCACUCGCCGAGCCUCGCGUUUCUCCAUCAGUAAGGUUGAGAGUGGCACCGUCAAAGCCCAGGGCAGCUCCGAGAGUGAGGCCGAGGGGCGAUCCAGCGACGACAACACCCAGAAGAAGAAGGAACGAAGCUGGAUGUCUCCGAUCUCCUCCAAGGGCAAGACCAAAACGAAAACCAAGUCCAAGGAUAAGGGCAAGGGCAAGGAUAAGGAUAAAGAUAAGGCGAAGGAGGGUGACGAUAAGAGCCGUGUCAAGGAGCUACGGCGCAGGAGUACCGUCAAGAGAUCAAAUUCCCUAGACUCUUUGACUACAAUAAGGGGUCCGGACGCCCCGGACAGCAAGAAGAUUUCUGAGCUGCUCUCCCCCAAGAAGGGCAUCCUGAAGCGCCGCAACUCCUUCAGCUUGGGCUCCACUUCCGUCCCGUCCGACGUGGCCUCCGACACCCACUACCAGACCAUCACCGUGGCCGACACAAGGCUCCGCUCCGCCUUUGAGAAGAUGAGGCGGAUGAGGAUGGAGACAGCCAGUUCCAUGGAGCUCAAACUCUCGCAGAUCUCGCUCUUCAAAUCCAAGAAGAAGGACCAGACAAAUAAGAAACCGCAACUGGACAUGACGGACGAGGAGAGGAGCAUUUGGGAGAAGAUGGAGCUGUCGAAGGAGGUGGACUUCAGCAAGGUGCACAUCGACCCGGCUCCCUUCCAGCUGGUUGAGAGGACGUCGCUCCUGCGUGUCCACUCCAUGUUCUCAAUGCUGGGGAUCAAUCAUGCUUACGUCACAGCCAUUGGUCGCCUUAUCGGGGUGCUUGCGCUGAAGGAGGUUCGUAUGGCCAUUGACGGGCAGUACAUGGGACAGGGUCAGUCUACCACGCCUCAGGUAAGCUCCCCCAAUACCCCAACCUCCCCCAGCCGCCCCUCUCCCAUUGGCCCCAGCACCUCCCCCCAGCAACUCACCUCCCUGGCACCCCUGCAGUUUUCUGACCCUGAGGCUGGCACAGUGACGCACAGAGGAUCCAGAACCCAGCUGGUCUAUCAGAAUGGAAACUCGACGAGGUGAAAGGAAGAAGAGCGUUAGUGCUCAAAGAAGUAUCUCAAACACUAUUUAAGUGAAGUGAUCUGUGAUUUUACAUAUAGAAAAGACACUGGACUGGUACUAGUUGAUGUGUGCUGGCUGGCAGUCAAGAGUGAGGUGUUAGUCCACCCGCCAAACAUUACCAAAGUGUGGGAUGCUGCAGUAUUACCGCCGAGGAGAGGAGGGAGGGAGCAGGAGAUUGUGAUACGAGUUUUUAAUGAAGCGAAAACAUUAACUUGAUAUGUGAAGGAGUAAUUUUCCUUCGUUUUUUGCUACUCUGCACACGGAAACUAAUCAUAAGCCUUUACUAAAAGUAAAUAUUUGAAAACACAAUAUCAGCAUUCCAUACAUUCCUGUCCUACACACCCGAAGUCUGUCUCCCUGCAUACUAAAGUGAGGCUUCUCGUCCCGUGCAGACGUCACCGAAACACAGUUUGUAUUGACAUUGAUCUGUGAUAACCCAAGAUUGCUGUGUUAGCGUCAGUGUUCUGUUGGGCUUCACAUGAAAGCCGAAGCCGUUCUCUCAGAUAUCAUUUUAUUUUGUUGCAGUAAAAUAAUGUACGGAGGGAUUGAUCUUAUAAUUAUUCACCACUGAAGUAUUUAUGCAGUCAGCAAGCAGCCUCAGACUGAUGUUAUGUUUUUUAAGUUAAGACGGAUUCCUAAGUUUGAGCUGAAAUGAAUCGCUCUCGCCCCAGCCAGCACAUUUGUUGUUCCCAAGAAAAGUUUGUUUGAAAGCUCAGUAAAGCUGGAAAACAGUGAGCCGUGGCCUUCCCAGCUGAGGCCUGGCGAGUCAGCUCGUGGCCACUCCCAGAUACACAAAGGGAGCUCACUAUGCAUCUAUGAUAGAGUGUAGUGCAGCGUUCCCUCAAUAACUUUCCUAAUCUCUUAGAUAAACAGUUGCCUAUGUCUGUUAACACAGGAAAGUGGCUCUUGAAACUACAAAUAUUGACGGAGCCACAGAAUAAAAGUUGAGGGUCUUUUUAAGUGUAAAAAUACCAUUUUUUCAUGAAUUCAUGUCACAAAUGUAUUUAGCAAUAUAAACACUUUUCUCAUAACGUUAGUAAUGCAUUAACAACAUGUUCCCUGGAGUCAUGUUGGCCGGCUGACCGGGCGUCAGCUAUCUGUGAUAACCCCACAGCAUUAGACUGCAAUAUUAUCCUAGAAGGAAUAUAGUAGCAGGGCGUCAUUACAUUAUAUUUUCCUGCUGCAGUAUUGCUUACCUCUAGUUCUGUAUAAAGAGUUCAUGGUGGAGCGGCCUCGCCCGGGGCCCGAGGCGGACUAAGCUGUGAGUGUGGCGGAGAACUGCUGAACAUUUCAUACUUUUUUACUUACUAGUAUGUUCCACGCCGCCAGGUGCAAGGUAGGGAGCUGCCGCUUCUGCUGGAGGACACGCAGUGCCUUCAGGAAAUAUUUAUCUCACGUAAUGUUCGUUUUGGAUGAAAUUCAAAACAAAAUUGUAUAGGUUUAUUCUUUUAACCUUUUAAUUAACCUUUUAACUAGAAUCAAGCGAUAUCAUCUUUCAUUAUUAUUUUGAAUUUUAAUGUCGUUUGCAUUAUGUAGCCUAUUGCUGUUUGCAGUAUGAACAGGGUGUAACAAAAUUUGUAUCCUUAGAUCAGGGAAUAUGGACACUUUUAAGCAGAGGGAAACACUCAUUACAUUGAAUAUUAUUGUUGCCUUAUUAACGUAAAGAACAAUAUAAUAUUUGUUCAUUUUUGCUCACAUCUGCCCAAGUCUGUGCAUCCACAGGUAGUUCAUGAAGGUACACAUUUUAUACACUGUUACUGCUUCUCGAGGCUGUGUGGACAAGCCCUGCGCUCAGGCUUGUGACUCUUUGUAAAGUUUUUAUGAUGAUCUUUUACUUACUGCUUUGUAUUCACCGUGCAUUGUGACCACAGUUUGUUGGAGCUGGAUUACGUCCCUCAAAUGCUUAAUCACAAACAUGCAGUCAUUUGAAGAUAAGGAAGUUCAGUAAGGAGUUUAAAUGUAGGUGAAGUGUUUGGCCAUUAUGAAAAGUAUUUACAAUUAGUGAGAUUAUAAUUACAGACGGUGGACUAGGACAAUAUGACAGUCAUCCAUUCAUUCAUUUUUUGGGUCAAUGGAUAGGAUUUAGUAUACAAGGAAACUGUCACACUCGGAUUCACAUAAGAUAGCUCCAGAAAAUAUAACAGUCAUCCAUUCAUUCAGUUUUUGAGUCAAUGGAUAGGAUUUAGUAUAGAGGAAACUGUCGCAUUCAGAUUCAGAUAGCUCCAGAAAAUACAAGUCAUCCAUUCAUUCAGUUUUUGGGUCAAUGGAUAGGAUGUCUUAUAUGAGGAAGCUGUCACAUUCAGAUUCAGAUAAGAUAGCUCCAUGGCUCUACAGAACUGAUAAUAACCUGUUGUAUUACUCUUGAUAUGCCAUGAGCUUUUAAAGAACAUCCAUAGCCUUGAACAUCCAUCCGUAAUCUGUCGUCAUCCUCCUCAACACCACAUAGACAGACACCCUUUGUAUCAAGUCUCACCAUCUCGUCAAACCAAACUCCAAACAUUACCAAAGGAUGACGAGUUUCCAUUCCUCUGCCUUCAUCAUUCCAUCCUCAAUGUCUCACUAAUAUAAUGACUUGUGAACAUGGAUUUCUACAUAACUCAAGUCCACAGUGAUGUAAAUGCACAGAAGCCAACAGUUGCAUAUAUGACUUACACACAAGGCCUUAGUAACAGCAUCACCUCAGUACUCAUUUAAUUCUCAGUGAGGGAACUAUAUGACAAUGGACAGACACUCAUCGUACAUUAUUUUCCAGUUUGAAGUUACUCAUUGUAUCUCGUUUCUUUUAUUUUCUGCUCAUCCAUCUAACUAAUCUACUAUACAGCUUAUGACCUACCUAGUUAUGUUCAUUACACUCAUCAGGAGUAUUUACUUAUAUCAUUCCCUAUUUUUUGCAUGUCAUAUAUAUAUACAUACCAUUGCAUUACUUCCAUCAGUACAUCAUCAUGCAAAACAGUUAUCUAUGCAAGACACACUCAGUCACAUGCACUUUUUAUACAGCUUACGGCCUGCUUGGUUCUGUACUUUACACUCGUUAAUUCUGCCUACUUAUAAAACACAUGUAUAUCAUUGCAUUACUUCUACCUAUAUGUCAUCACACAAACAGUUAUCUAUGCAAGACACACUCAAAUAUGCACACUUUUUAUACAGCUUACGGCAUGCCUGGUUCUGUUCCUUACGCUCAAAAAUUCUAUCUACUUACACCAUGCACACACUUUAUAAUUCCCUAUACUUACGUCAUCACACAAAACAGUUAUCCAUGCAAGACUGACUCAAAUCACAGACACGCACUUAUACAGCUUACGGCAUGCCUGGUCCUGUUCCUUACUCAUAAAUUCUACCUACGUGCAUUUUCUGAUUCGCAAGUCAUAUAUACCAUUACAUAGUCACACAAAACACUUAUCUAUGCAAGACACACUCACACACGUGCACUUUUUAUAAACCGCAUGUAACAUCAUCUCAUUUGUCCUUAUAUUCCUUCCAUCUGACAUCGCAUAAACUCGCAUUGCAUCCUCGGUUAAGUCUCGAACUUAAGCCCCGCGCCACGCACUGAGAUGACAAAUUAACAAACCUAUGCCUUAUACCCCUCACAUUCUGCCUGGCGCAUUCUCUGCAUUGUGAUAUAUCUUGCUGCGUCUCCACGGACGUUUAUUCCAUGCUUGGGGCUCUCCGUCCUACACCAGGCGACUCGGAUUAUUAAUUUGUGGAUAUUUUAAUAGGUAGGGUACAUUUGGAUCGAGUCCCCACACCACCCUGAGAUAUUUAUAAGCGGUAGUGUCAAGGAGCAGGAGGAGAGUAAGAGGAGGAAGGGGUGGAGCGGCAAGACUGUUAUUUACUCCAAGUAUUUAUUUUGUAUUAGUGGUGUGGUUGCGACCAUUGCAGAGUGGUGCGUGCUGCGGGUGGGUUGAGGUCCUGUAUUUGCCUUGGAUAGAGUUUCAUCUUUGUUAAUAAAUGUCUUAUUUUA